AUGCACAUAUUUUGGCAGACCUCAAUCAAGGACAGGAGACCUCACUUACAGGUAAAAAUUAAUGAUAAAAUUAUUAACGGGAUACUGGACACAGGCGCUGACGUUACUAUCAUUACCCACAAGUCCUACCCAAAGGAAUGGGCUCUCAGGGAAGCAAAUGUACAAUUUCUGGGUAUUGGGACACAACAGAGUGUUCACUCGGUGGUCUGUAUUGGACCGGAAGGACAUAAAGGGAGACUAAAACCUUACAUAGCAAAUACAGCUAUUAACCUCUCGGGUCGUGAUCUCUUACAUCAAUGGAACACUCAAAUUAAUAUCCCUCCAAUGUCAGAUACGAAGUAUAGAAAAUCGCUGGAUAGUAGGAAGGAUUGGCAGAAGACAAGAAGCACAAAUAACCAGAGCAGUGUAUUUGAGUUCAUCCUCCCGGGACUCCCCAAACAGCCAGAGGACCAAGACAUGUAUUCUGCCCUAUUCUUGCUUAUGUACGUGACAACAGUGUUAGGAAACCUUCUCAUCAUCCUGCUCAUCAGGCUGGACUCUCACCUCCAUACCCCCAUGUACUUCUUCCUCAGCCACUUGGCUUUCACAGACAUCUCUUUCUCAUCAGUCACAGCUUCAAAGAUACUCAUGAAUAUGCUGACACAUGGUCAAUCCAUCUCAUAUACUGGGUGCAUUUCUUAGAUGUAUUUUUUCUUAAUGUUUGGGGCUAUUGACAACUUCCUUUUGACCUCCAUGGCCUAUGACAGAUAUGUGGCCAUCUGCCACCCCCUCCACUAUACCAGAAUCAUGAGUCAGAGUGUCUGUAUCAUACUGGUCAUUGCAUCCUGGUUCUUAUCAUUUGCUGGUGCCCUUGUGCACACAGUCCUUCUAGCUCGUCUCUCUUUCUUUAGAGGUAACACUCUCCACCACUUCUUCUGUGAUCUCUCUGCUUUAAUUAAGCUGUCUAGCUCAGAUACCUCAAUCAAUGAGCUGGUCAUCCUCAUUGUGGGAUCACUAGUCGUUACUGUGCUAUUCAUAUGCAUCCUGGUCUCUUAUGGCCACAUUGGAGCCACCAUCCUGAGAACUCCAUCAAUCAAGGGAAUCUGCAAAGCCUUGUGCACAUGUGGUUCUCACCUCUCUGUGGUUUCCCUUUAUUAUGGGACCAUUAUUGGUCUAUAUUUUGUCCCCUCAUCUAACAAAACUAAUGACAAGGAUGUCAUUGUGUCUGUGCUGUACACUAUGGUCACACCCAUGCUGAAUCCCUUUAUCUACAGUCUGAGGAAUAGGGAUAUGAAAGGAGCUUUGUGGAAUAUGCUUGCAAAAGCAACCUUUUCUAUGUGA